CCGCGGAGUGGUGGCAUGGAGGUGUGGGGGCCGCUGGCAGCCCUCUCCUUCCUCCUUGUCACUUGCUAAUUGUGCAGCCACGACGGUGCACGGUCCGCGAUUGUUAGGAGGGAACGCGGUUCUUAAAUGCACUCGCUUCUGGGACUGGAGUUGUCAUUGGAUAAAAUGCUCAACGGUUCAUUGGCAACUUUCUCCAGAAGAAUAAUUACUACUGCUCUGCUCUUGCCAUAAUACCAGCAUUCUGUGACCUACACAUCAGUGCUAAACACCAGCAGAAAAUCAUACUUUUUUCAUUCUGUGUAGAUGGAAAAGGCAUCGAUCUUGAAAGCCCAUCCUGAUUUAAAGCUGCUUACUUGUUUUUUCUGGGAUUAAAGGUGCUCAAUGAAUCAGGGCCCCCCAAAUGAGUCAAACAGCCAAUUCUUGCCAACAGUUGGUUGAAAACUGUGCCGCUCAUGUAGCAGGGAUGGCGCAAGAGGACAGUCGCCGUGGUCAAGUGCCACCCACGUUUUAUCAUGGUGCCAGCCAGGAACUUGAUCUGUCCACCAAAGUGUACAAGAGAGAGUCAGGAAGUCCUUACUCUGUGUUGGUGGACAGCAAAAUGAGUAAACCACAUCUCCAUGAAAGAGAGGAGCAGCCAUAUUUCAGGGAGAACAGAACGGUAGGAGAGGUCCGGGCUGUGAAAGAAGAUAGAGAAAACUCUGACGACUCUGAGGAGGAAGAGGAGGAGGAAGAUGAAGUGACUUACAAAAGGGAGCAGAUUAUAGUAGAGGUAAACCUUAACAACCAAACAUUAAAUGUAUCAAAAGGGGAGAAGGGUGUCCCCUCCCAGUCCAAAGAGACUGCUGUUCUUAAGACCAGCAGUGAGGAAGAGGAGGGUGACAGUGGGGAAGAGGCCACUGAAGACAGUGAUGAUUAUGAGGAAAAUGAGAGGCAGAAGAAAAAAGAGAAAAGAGUGGAAAAAGUUAGUGUUGCACAAAGGAGAACAAGGAGAGCUGCAUCUGCUGCAGCAGCCACAACUUCCCCAUCACCCAGAACUACAAGGGGUCGUAGAAAGAGUGUGGAGCCCCCCAAGCGUAAGAAGAAAGCUGCAAAGGAGCCCAAGGCACCUGUGCAGAAAUCAAAGUGUGAAGAGAAGGAGACUUUAACCUGUGAGAAGUGCCCCAGGGUGUUUAACACACGCUGGUACCUGGAGAAGCACAUGAACGUCACUCACAGGCGCAUGCAGAUCUGCGACAAAUGUGGGAAGAAAUUUGUUCUAGAAAGUGAGCUGUCCCUUCACCAGCAAACAGACUGUGAAAAAAAUAUCCAGUGCGUUUCCUGUAAUAAAUCAUUCAAGAAGCUCUGGUCCCUCCAUGAACAUACCAAGAUUGUCCACGGAUAUGCAGAAAAGAAAUUCUCUUGUGAGAUUUGCGAAAAAAAGUUUUACACCAUGGCCCACGUGCGGAAACAUAUGGUUGCACACACAAAGGAUAUGCCAUUUACAUGUGAAACCUGUGGAAAAUCAUUCAAACGCAGUAUGUCUCUCAAAGUACAUUCCCUACAGCAUUCUGGAGAGAAACCUUUCAGAUGUGAGAACUGUGAUGAGAGGUUUCAGUACAAAUACCAGCUGCGUUCCCACAUGAGCAUCCACAUUGGGCACAAACAGUUCAUGUGCCAGUGGUGUGGCAAAGACUUCAACAUGAAACAGUACUUUGAUGAGCACAUGAAAACACACACUGGAGAGAAGCCCUUUAUCUGUGAAAUCUGUGGGAAGAGCUUCACCAGCCGCCCAAACAUGAAGAGACACCGCAGAACUCACACAGGAGAGAAGCCCUACCCAUGUGAUGUGUGUGGCCAGCGAUUUCGCUUCUCCAACAUGCUCAAGGCACACAAGGAGAAGUGCUUCCGUGUUACCAGCCCCGUCAACGUGUCAACUGCUGUCCAGAUCCCGCUGUCCACGACUUCUCCUGCCACCACAGUCCCUGCUGUAGUGAACACACCCAUCACCCCAACUCCACCUAUCAACCUGAACCCAGUGAGCACACUUCCUCCACGGCCCAUUCCCCACCCGUAUUCACACCUUCACUUACAUCCUCAUCCUCAUCAUCCACAUCAUCUCCCGGUUCCCCCAGUUCCUCAUUUACCCCCUCCUCCAGCUCUUUUUAAGAGUGAGCCUUUAAAUCACAGAGGCCAGAGUGAGGACAACUUUCUGCGACACUUGGCAGAAAAAAACAGUUCAGCACAGCACCACUAACAUCUUUGCUUCCUGCCAGCUAUUUUCCCAUUUUAUGCACAUGGAAACAUGCCCUCAUGGAAGUAGCUGGUGAGGAUCUUUGUCUUUUCUCUUAGCCCCAGCAGAUGGUCCUAAUUUUUUCCCUUGAAUCAGUUAACAAACAAGGAAAUCCUGUUUUGGAUCAGCAGUGCUCAUUUGAACCUGGGAACCAACAGGACUUAAACCCAAUUUGCUUGCAUUUUACUGGUGACUUUUAUAAAUUUCAGAUACUGAGACUUGUGGAAUUUUAUAAUUUCAUAUCAGCUGAUGAGGUAUGCUUGCUUUUAUAUCCUGGACUUCUCCUCAAAGAGGAGAUAGGCCUGGUUUUCUUUGUACUAAUCGGAAAGGCUGUGAGAUUAAUACAGAGCAUUAAUUGUAUCACUGUGUAUCGUAAUGGAUUCUUUUCAGCUUUUGGUGCCGGCUAUGGAGUGAGCCAGCCACGUAUCACAGUAUAUUUGAGCAUUAUAAAGAAAGACAAAAAAAUUUCUUGUUUGUGUAGCUCUCCUAACACACUCUUUAUUUUACUACAGAAAUUAUUUUAGAGUUUUUUGUAUAGACCUAUUUAGUAGUCUGUUUCUAAAAUGAAAUGUAUUUCAAUAAGCGGUGUAAUUUUUUCAGUGUAGCUGGACCUAUGUUGUAUAAUAGAUAAAUUUUUAUAAUCAUCAAAAUGUGAUUCUUAAAAGAUGCAUAUAGCUUCUAUAGUUAAAGUUAUUCUUACAACCAUACAACUUAAAAGGUGCUUCAGAGAAGAAAGGAACCCAAGAGGUCUCUGGAAAGGUUGCCUCAAAAGUGAUGUUGAUUUCAGAACUUUACGUAAUUUAUUUUAGUAGGAUUUUUUUUUUUUUUUUAAUCUUAAGUUUCCCUCUUCACAGUUUUUCUUAAGCUUUUUGGACAAGGAUGUUUGAAUACUGUAUUCCUGUUCCACAGGUUUCCUUUAGUUCAGUUGGAGUGAGGUAUGAGAUGGGUUAGAAAGGGAGCCCCUUACGUAGGGACCCACCAGUUCAGGAAUAGUCACAAGAGAUUUUUAUAAAUAAAAGAUCUGACAGCAGAGAGGAAAUCAAGUAUCUCAACUCAGCCAAGCAUCUUUUCUCUUUAUGUAAGAGAGCCAGGUUUAGUGGCUUUUCAUGGUAUGAUUUUUAAGUUGGGGAUCAUAUCAAAUGCUGCUCUUCAGAUUACUUUUUGGAAUUCCUGGAGUUGUUAGGAGAGGGGAAUUAAGUGAGAUCAUAAAUGUGGUAUUUCUGACUGGCUGAUUGUAAGAGUGAGAAGUUUGAAUGAGACAAUGGUGUUUCAGUUGCAUUGUUAAGAAAAUGCUGAGCACUGUAUGUACCAUGUGAAGCUCAAUCCCGUAAAUGUAAUGUGCAUAAAAUUAUGGGAUGAUUCCUAGGGGUCGUAGUCAGACUUUCGGCAAAUCUAAGUUUUACAGUUGUAGGAUAGGAAACUUUGAAUUGUAGGCAUGUCACUGUUUCAUAAUCCUGGGAGGCAAUGAGGGGGAAAUGACAAGUUAGUGCAGGGAUGGUGGGCUGGAAUGCCAAAUGUAUCCGUUUUAACCAGUGAGUAGCUGUUAUUUUUUCAGGUUUGUAUUUCUCUUCAACUAAAACUAAAUAUAGCAGCAUUAUGCAAUCUAGGAACUUGUUGCCACCUUCAGUGAAGACAGAGGCCCAAGGCAAUGUACUGUAAGUCGUCUUUUCCUUAAAAUUCCUACUCUUCUGUGCUGCUUUUUAAAUUAAAUCCCACCAAACUAUACAUCCAGAGAUCCUCAUAGGCAGAUGUCAUACUUACUGUUCCGCUUGGUAAUGAAUUGGGCUUUUGUGGCUAAUGGGAUUAAUUUUUUUUUUUUUUUUUUUUUUCACAAUAGCAGAAAAGGUGGAAAUUCUUCCUAGCGUUACUUCCUCAAGGUUAAUGCUGUCAAGCACUGUGUUUUGAAACACCACAUCCUCUGCGGAGCAUCAGCUCCUUAGCUGAUGUUUUUCACCAUUUCUACCACCUAAUCAUUAAUGUUCUUUUUUUCAUAACAAGCAUAGGAAACUUUAGGAACCAGAAAGGGCAAUUUUGGCCCAACAAACUUACUCGUUUUUGACUGAGCUGAAACCCCUUCCAGCAUUUCUGAAAAAUAAACCAAUGUUUUUUUAAAUGUUUCCUCUAUAAUAUUUAUAUACACCCUCUUACCUUCUAGAAGAAAAAGCCAGUUACGAAUUUACACUCAUGAUGAUGACUGUUGUAUUUACUGUGGCUGGUCUGCCCUGGAGCUUCUAUGCAUUCCACGUCACAUUUGCAACCUACAUUUCUGUUGUGCCACUAUUUUAUGGUCAGGCCUGUUAUUAAAUGAUUUUUAAAUGCUAAGAAAUUCUUGGUAAAUCAAUUGUAUUCCAAUUUUGCAAAAUGAUUUUCUUCUCAAUAAAUUUACAGUAUUAGGCUGCUAUUCAGAAUUCUAAAAUCUGGGACAGUUUUUUUCUAUUACUUAGUUCAUAGCAACGAUACACCUUGUAUUUUUUCCUUCUGAGACAUAUGAACUUCCUUUCUGUGGAAGAAGAUUAAACUAUCUAACCCGCUUAACAGUCUGUCAUAAUGUGACAUGAUGUCAACAGAUUCUCCUCAUUUUCUGGGACAAACAUACCGAAAACUGACAUACUGGUCUAAAAGUGUUGCAGUAUAAUAUCUUGCAAAGUACCUAUUUCAGCAAGAAAAGGAAAAUGAGCGUUGAAAAAAAAAAAAAAAAAAAAAAGCAGGAAAUUCAAGGUUGAGAUUUGCUGUGGCUUCUCACUUCUGCUUAGAUUUGCAUUGCUGUGCAGACCUUCUACAGUAUUUGUGCAACACGAAGGAAUGUAUUCAGGUGUGUCCACUACUUCCUGGUUACGCUGACAAACUAAGCAUAAAGUUUUCUAUCAGCUUUACUGUAUUUAGUAGGUUACGGGGUUGGUUUGUCUGGCUAAAAUGCUUCCUUUGAGAAGAGCAAAGACAAAUUAUAUCAACUUUGGGUUUGGUUUGAAUGUUUCUGAAAAGUGGGGCUAAAUUAUCUUUUUUUCUUUUCCCUCUCCCGCAAAACAACCUACACCCUAAGGCAAAGUUUUACUGAAUUUUUAACGUUGCAUUUUUAAGGGGGGAGAUUCAGCAGAAUUAACACACAAUCAGGAGAUCAGCUUUCUAAGCAGUUUAAAGGACAGUAUCUUUUCUGGAAAACUUUAAACUUCUAGUCCACCGGACAGUGCCUUAUCCUUACUAAAGGCAUCAGCUGUGUGAUCUUGUUUGUUAUGUAUUAUCUCAGACUAACGAAUCUAUCUGGAUAAAGGUGUGGUGAUUUAUUUGUUUUGUAUUGUUAUGCCUGCCUGAAUUAUUGACUCUCCUAUUUACACAGCUCAGAUACUUCUUAGAUGGCCUAAUUUGUAUUGCUGCUCACAUCAAAAGUUACUGUUGCCCACCUUGUGUUCCCAACUAAAUCUGAAAAUUGUGGAAUUCUGAAAGAGCCCUUGGAGCUGAAUUUAGGCCGUUAUCACUGGAAAAAUAGUUAUAUCUCAACAAUGCAGCCUGUCUGGAUGUUUUGUCUUUGCCCUGUUGUGUCUCUUGAGCAUGUAAUAGCUAUUUUCAGUUCGUUGAGGAGAGGAGGUAGAGCUCAGGGUGUGCAGUUUAAAAGGUAGUGCUUCCCUUUGACAGUUUUAGUCAGUUUUAGCCAAGUAAGUGACAGACCAAGUUUACCUCUGAGCUGAAAAGAUUCGUAUUUUUGUAAUGUAUUUAAUCUGUUGACUAUUUCUUUUGCGUUUUAACGACCGAUAGUGUGACCAUCGGUGGGGUUAACUACCAUUUUUUUAGGAGUUUUGAGCUACACUGUUGUGCAGGGCUGUUUCUAUUCAUGCAAAUGGUAGUUAUGUUGUGUUGAUACUUUUUGGCUUGAUUAUUACUUGCAGAGGAUGUAGGUAACGUGCCUUCGAGAAUAUGAUGCAAAACAAUAUACGACUUGCAGUGAGGCACUCAAGAACACUAAUAAUGUCAAACUUUUUUCACUCUUGGCACUUGCUCAGGGUCACAAAGUGUUUAAAUGAUUAUUUUAUGGCUUCAUAUUUCUAUUGACUAACAGUAUUUAAAAAA